AUGAAUGUUAUUGAUCGAUGUUGGAGACCAAAUCUAGAAUGGAGGAAACAUCGAUCCCAAUUAGCAACAUGUUCAGUGGGCUAUGCCGGCAAGAUGUUAAAUAACAUUGGUAACGACCUUAUUUAUUAUAAAGUUACUGACUCUAGUGAUGAUCCUAUAAACCCAAAACCCAACACCUUGAGGUAUGGAGCCUCUAUGAUUCCAAGUAAAGUGUGGAUCACAUUUGAGAAGGACAUGGACAUCAAACUAGAGAAACCCCUUCUUAUUAGUAGUUUUACCACCAUUGAUGGUCGAGGUGUUAAUGUCCAUAUAGCUAAUAAUGCAUGCCUAAUGAUUUUUAAGGCCACCAACAUAAUUAUACAUGGCAUCCGAAUUCACCAUUGCAAACCUCAAGCCCCUGGGAUGGUAAUGGGGCAUGAGGGAAAGGUGAUUCCUCUAGGCCAUGUAGAUGGGGAUGCAAUUAGAUUGGUUACUGCUUCAAAGAUUUGGAUUGAUCAUAAUACACUUUAUGAUUGUCAAGAUGGUUUGCUUGAUGUAACUCGAGGUUCCACUAAUUUGACUAUAUCUAAUAAUUGGUUCAAAAAUCAAGAUAAGGUUAUGCUUCUUGGACAUGAUGAUGGAUACGUGAGAGAUCAAAACAUGAAGGUUACCGUCUUGUACAACCAUUUUGGACCAAAUUGCAAUCAACGCAUGCCAAGGAUUCGUCAUGGAUAUGCACAUGUAGCCAACAAUCUUUAUCAGGGAUGGCUCCAAUAUGCCAUUGGUGGAAGCAUGGACCCUAGUCUUAAAAGUGAAUCUAACCUCUUCAUAGCACCAACAUCAAGGAAUAAGGAGGUAACUUGGAGGAGAAAUAGUUCUAAUAAUGGAGACACAUGGGAAUUUCAUUCGGUGAGAGAUAUUUUUGAAAAUGGAGCGUCUUUUACUACAACAAAAGGAGGACGUGUGCCAAAACCGAAUUAUAAUAAUGAACAAAGAUUUAAAGUUGUUGAUGCCAAAUUUGUGAAAUCAUUGACACGUUCAUCAGGAGUGUUACCAACUAUGUAA